AUGUUCUCCCUCCGGUCCCGGGUCGCGUUGGUCUCGGGCGGCGGGACGGGCAUCGGCGCCGCGCUGGCGCAAGCUCUCGCGGAGGCGGGAGCGCGGGUCGUCAUUGCGGGCCGGCGACUCGAGCCGCUGCAGGCGACGGCCGCACGGAUCAACGCCGCCGUGGCCGACAGCGGGGCGGAGGCCAAGUGCUUUGCGCUCGCGUGCGACGUCGCCGAUCUGGACGCCGCCGACUCGAUCGUCGAGCAGGCUGCCGCGCUCGCCGGCGGCCCGCCGGUCCUGCUGCUCAACAACGCCGGCGUGAACGUGCGGCAGCCCGCCGCGGAGCUGACGGCCGAGCACUGGAGGCAGUCGCUCGACCUGAUGCUCGCGGCGCCCGCCUUUCUGGCCCGAGCCUGCGCCCCGGGGAUGGCCGCGGCCGGAUACGGGCGGACCGUCGCCCUAGAUGCGGAAGACGGACUGGAAGCCGUCUUCCAGUGUAGGAUCGUCACGACCGCGUCGCUGCAAAGUGCUCUCGCCUUCCCAAACUCGCUGCCGUACGCCGCCGCAAAGUCGGGCGUGCUCGGCCUGACCCGCGCCCUGGCCGAGGCGUACAGCCCGGCGCACGGGUACGAGGGCAUCACGUCAAACGCGAUCGCGCCCGGCUUUGUCCAGACGGAGCUCACCGCCUCGGUCUUUGCCGACGAGCCGAGGGCGCGGCAGCUGGCCGCGCGCACGAUCGCCGCGCGCAACUCGACGCCGGCCGACCUUGCGGGCGCCGCGGUGUUUCUGUGCAGCCCGGCGAGCGCGUACGUGAAUGGGCAGACCCUGUACGUGGACGGCGGCUUCACAGCACUCGGGCACCGCUGA